UUAGCAUUUAUUCACAGCUUUCAUAUGAGUCAUAGCCAUGGGUCAGAGCGUAUUCACCUUGCUUGUGCUCCAUCUGCUCCACCAGUGUGUCCCUCAUCCACUGAGCCAUCCCAGCAAUGGACUUCGUAAGUGCCGCAACGACCUGUCCAUCCCAGCCCUGGAGGUUCUCCCGGGUGGGGGAUGGGACAACCUUAGGAACAUGGACAUGGGACGAGUCAUGAAUUUCAGCUACUCUCAGUGCCAAACCACGGAGGAUGGAAUCUACUUCAUCCCGGACGAGGUUUUUGUCAUACCCCAGAAGGUUACUGGCGUGGAGACUAACUCUGAGAUUAUCCAGUCUUGGCUGGAACAGCGAAGCUCCACAUCUUUCUCCAUCAACACGGACGUGUCGUUCCUCUCUGUGCUCAAUGCUAAGUUCUCCACUGAGAACCAACGAAUGAAGACGCACCAACUCCAAGGGAAAUCUGUCACUGCUCGUGUGCAAGUGCGUAACUUCCUGUACACUGUAAAGGUACAGACGGACUUCACUCUGGAUGCUCGCUUCGCACGCCAGGCUGAGGAGAUCGCAGAAGCAAUAGAAAACAACCAGACUCGACAGGUGGCAUAUUUAUCUGAAAAAAUGGUGUUAGACUAUGGAACCCAUGUGAUCACUAGCAUCGAUGCCGGGGCCUCCCUAGUGCAAGAGGACUAUCUUCGGUCCACGUACCUGUCCGACAAUGAAGGGUCCAAGUUCUCUUUUUCAGCAUUGGCAGCUCUUAACUUCUUUGACAAAGUCAAAUUUGACAUCAGCACCAAGGAUACCAAGGAGACAUCAGAGUCACAUAGUUAUCAGAGCAACAUCACCUACUCUAUAAUACAGAGCCACGGCGGGGCACCGUUCUAUCCGGGAAUCACCCUGCAGAAGUGGCAGGAGAGCACCAAGAACAACCUGGUGGCCAUUGACCGUGCAGGAAUGCCACUGCACUACUUCCUCAACCGGAAUUCCUUCCCCGAUCUUCCUGAACCAACCGUUGGCAAACUCGCACUCUCUGUGAGUCAGGCCAUCCAGCGUUACUACACCGUCAACACACACCCAGGAUGUGUCAAUCCAGAGUCCAAGAACUUUAACUUCCAAGCCAACAUCGAUGACAGCUCCUGCGAGGGUCCGGCCACAAACCUCAGCUUCGGUGGGGUGUUUCAGAAGUGCACCAAGCUCACUGGGGACGCAGACCCAAUCUGCCAGGAGCUGGAUCAGAAGAACCCGGACACAGGCUCUCACUCAUGUCGUCAGCCCUACAGAGCCACCUUGUUACGGUCUGAGAGGGUAGAGAAGAGCUACAGCAAAUACGAGUGCCACCGUCGUUGCCAUGACUGCUGGCUGUUUUUCACCUGCUGUGACAAGGUCUGUGGAGACGCCUACCAUGUCCGCUCCGCUCGCGUUGAGACAUACUGGUGCUCCACCAAUGAGACAACCCCGGCAUACUCAGGGUACCUCUUUGGGGGUCUCUACGGCCCAUCCCUGAUCAACCCUCUCACCAAAACCAAGAGCUGCCCUCCAAAUUUCAUUCAAAUGAAGCUUCUGUCCAACGGCCUGAUUAUCUGUCUGAGCAACGACUAUGAAACCACGACCAGGAACUCAGUGCCUUUCGGAGGCCUGUUCAGCUGCCAGUCUAACAACCCUCUUGCAGAGGACCAACCCCGUUGCCCUCCCCAGUUUAGCCAGCACUUGGCUACUGUCAGUGACGGUUGCCAGGUCCUCUACUGCGUCCAGUCAGGCCUGUUCAGAGGUGGGCAGCUGCUGCCUAUCCACCUGCCGCCUUUUACUCUUCCCCCACUGAUCAGCAUGGCUGCCACUAACACAGUGGCCGUGAUGGUGGAGGGCGAUCGGGCAUGGGUCAAGGUCGGCCAGACCAAAAUGUGGAAGCUGGCCAAGGCGACGGAGAUCCAGGGUAUGGUCAGGAUGUUCGAUCCAGCUUCGGGUCAGAUGACAGGGGGGCAGAAGUUUGGUGUGGCCUUUGGAGUCAUCUGCGUGGUUGCCCUGGUUGUGGGCGGGGCUGUGGUGCUGGUGAGGAGGAAGAGGAGGGUAUCAGGGAGUGUUGGGGGAAUAGGGUAUGAGGAAAUCCAAGGUGAGGGGCAGAGUGAAGAAGGUGUGGAGAGUCAAGCAGAACAGGUUUCUGAGACUCAAGGCCCCACACAGCCCUUGCUGGCAUGAGACCGGAUUCCACAGAUUCCUGACCUUGACCCUUCAUUCUAACCCUCAACCUUUACCCUAACCCCUUAUUCUAAGCAUAUCCUUGCUUAUCAACUAAUACUUUUUGAUCAGCAACCAUAGUAGUAUGACUAUGUUUAGAUAAUCGACAUGGAUAUCAGAGCUCUCAAAGUGUAACCUUGAACCAUGUAGAGAUGAGUGUAAAAUAUAAAUGAAAACUCAGUCUUGCUUUACACUUUCGCUUUAGUCUAAAUGGGCAGCAUUAGUGUAAAUGACUUAUAUUCCAAAGUCUAGGAACAACUCCAAUGCGAUUGACCGCUCAGGUUUAUUAAACAAUACGGUGCAGUAGUACCCAAUACAGUAGUGCCUAAAAGGUCAUGUCAAUGAAUGUAUGUCUAAAUGGGAGAAAUUAGUUGUUUAAAAUACAGUAUGCUAUUUGUUUUCAUUAUACUAUUUUGUUUUCACCUUUUCUAUCAAAUGAUUUAGUAGGGUUUAUUAAAGUUGGUAGCUGCCUCCCCUGUGGAUAAUCUGUUAAUGUUUAAGUACAUUUUAUUGUUUGUUCAUCUUCUUAAGUCCCUCUAAAAUGCGACUAAAUGACUAGCAUUUCAAAUGUAAAAUAUAUACUGUGCUUUUAUUCUUUCCUUUAAGAAUGUUUGCAGAACGUUUCCAUCUACUACUGUAUCAUUCAGUAUUAUUAUUUGUUCCUUUUAUAAUUAGGGUUUUGUAUGUUUCUGACUGACAAAAUUAAACACAAUCUAACACAACAUG